UCCGCCCCCCAUCCAAUGCUGAGCUCAGUCUGCGUCUCGUCCUUCCGCGGGCGCCAGGCGGCUAGCAAACAGCAGCCGGCGCCGCCGCCGCAGCCGUCCGAGUCCCCGCCACCGCUGCCCUCGCCGCCGCCGCCACCGCCGUUGCUGCAAGAGCAGCAACCUGCGCAGCCCGGCCCCGCCGCGUCCCCGGCGGGCCCCCCGGCACCCCGCGGGCCCGGGGGCCGGCGCGCCGAGCCAUGCCCCGGGCUGCCGGCGGCGGCCAUGGGGCGGCACGGCGGCGGCGGUGGCGACAGUGGCAAGAUCGUGAUCAACGUGGGCGGCGUGCGCCAUGAGACGUACCGCUCGACGCUGCGCACCCUGCCGGGGACGCGGCUGGCCGGCCUGACGGAGCCCGAGGCGGCGGCGCGUUUCGACUACGACCCGGGCGCCGAUGAGUUCUUCUUUGACCGGCAUCCGGGUGUCUUCGCUUACGUGCUCAACUACUACCGUACGGGCAAGCUGCACUGCCCGGCCGACGUGUGCGGGCCGCUCUUCGAGGAGGAGCUCGGCUUUUGGGGCAUCGACGAGACCGACGUGGAGGCCUGCUGCUGGAUGACCUACCGGCAGCACCGGGACGCCGAGGAAGCGCUCGACUCCUUCGAGGCACCCGACCCUUCGGGCGCCGCGAACGCUGCCAACGCCGCGGGCGCCCACGACGCGGGUCUGGACGACGAGGCGGGCGCGGGCGGCGGCGGCCUGGACGGCGCCGGCGGCGAGCUCAAGCGCCUCUGCUUCCAGGACGCGGGCGGCGGCGCCGGGGGCCCGCCAGGGGGCGCGGGCGGCGCGGGCGGCACGUGGUGGCGCCGCUGGCAGCCCCGGGUGUGGGCGCUCUUCGAGGACCCCUACUCGUCGCGGGCCGCCAGGUAUGUGGCGUUCGCCUCCCUCUUCUUCAUCCUCAUCUCCAUCACCACCUUCUGCCUGGAGACCCACGAGGGCUUCAUCCACAUCAGUAACAAGACAGUGACACAAGCCUCCCCGAUCCCUGGGGCUCCGCCAGAGAACAUCACCAAUGUGGAGGUGGAGACGGAGCCCUUCCUGACCUACGUGGAGGGCGUGUGCGUGGUCUGGUUCACCUUUGAGUUUCUCAUGCGCAUCACCUUCUGCCCAGACAAGGUGGAAUUUCUCAAGAGCAGCCUCAAUAUCAUUGACUGUGUGGCCAUCCUGCCCUUCUAUCUGGAGGUGGGGCUCUCCGGCCUCAGCUCCAAGGCUGCCAAAGACGUGCUGGGCUUCCUGCGGGUCGUCCGCUUCGUCCGGAUCCUGCGGAUCUUCAAGCUCACGCGGCACUUUGUGGGGCUGCGCGUACUCGGCCACACGCUCCGCGCCAGCACCAACGAGUUCUUGCUGCUCAUCAUCUUCCUGGCCCUGGGCGUGCUCAUUUUCGCCACCAUGAUCUACUAUGCCGAGCGCAUCGGCGCCGACCCCAACGACAUCCUGGGCUCCAACCACACCUACUUCAAGAACAUCCCCAUCGGCUUCUGGUGGGCCGUGGUCACCAUGACAACCCUGGGCUACGGAGACAUGUACCCCAAGACGUGGUCGGGGAUGCUGGUCGGGGCGCUGUGUGCCCUGGCUGGGGUGCUCACCAUCGCCAUGCCAGUGCCCGUCAUUGUGAACAACUUCGGCAUGUACUAUUCGCUGGCCAUGGCCAAACAGAAGCUGCCCAAGAAGAAGAACAAACACAUUCCCCGGCCCCCGCAGCCUGGCUCGCCCAACUAUUGCAAGCCCGACCCGCCCCCGCCCCCCCCACUCCCUCCUCACCAUGGCAGCGGCGGCAUCAGCCCCCCACCCCCCAUCACCCCGCCCUCCAUGGGGGUGACUGUGGCCGGGGCUUACCCGCCGGGCCCCCACACACACCCUGGGCUGCUCAGGGGGGGAGCGGGUGGGCUCGGAAUCAUGGGGCUGCCUCCUCUGCCGGCCCCUGGGGAGCCCUGCCCAUUGGCUCAGGAGGAAGUGGUUGAGAUCAACCGGGCAGAUCCCCGCCCCAACGGGGACCCUGCAGCUGCUGCGCUGGCCCAUGAGGACUGCCCGGCCAUUGACCAGCCCGCCAUGUCCCCGGAAGACAAGAGUCCCAUCACCCCUGGGAGCCGGGGCCGCUAUGGCCGGGACCGAGCCUGCUUCCUCCUCACCGACUACGCCCCAUCCCCUGAUGGCUCCAUCCGGAAAGCCACUGGUGCUCCCCCACUGCCCCCCCAGACUGGCGUAAGCCAGGCCCCCCAAGCUUCUUGCCCGACCUCAACGCCAACGCUGCAGCCUGGAUAUCCCCCUAGUGGACGAACCCCCUCCCCCCGGGGUUACGAGAAAUCCCGCAGCCUGAGCAGCAUCGCGGGCCUGAGCGGGGUGUCCCUGCGCCUCGCCCCCCUUGCCACUCCCCCCGGCUCCCCCAGGGCCGCCCGCCGCGCUCCCCCAACCCUGCCCUCCAUCCUCUAGCACUCCCUUCCCCCCCGUGGGGGGACUCGGGGGUGACAGGGAAGAAGGUCAAAGGCGCUGGGGGUGGGAGGUGGGGGAAAGGGUUUUUUUUUUACAAAAAAAAAACAAAAAAAGUCAUUAAUAAUAUGCAACGGAGACGACGACGCCAGCAGACACCCCCGGGCCCCUCACCCCGACCUGGGCCCCCAGGAUGGAGGGGGAGGAGCCAAAACCCGUCCCCCCAACUCUUUGCCCCUCCUAAAAAAAAGCCUUCUCAGGUCUCCAUGAGCCAUAGGAACCCCCCCCCCCCGCCCCAUCAAGUCCUGUAAAUACGUCCAAAUUAUGCCAAUCACAUUUUGGGGCGCCUCCCCCCUACUCUGCAUGCCUCCUCCAACCUGGACCCCUGCCCUGUCCAACUCCACCUCAGCAAUAAGCCGCGAGGGGCUGCAUGCCGCGAGCGAGGGAAGGGACAUUGUGGGAAGCGGGUGGGGACCUCCAAGGGGGUCGGGCUGGCCUUUAAACCACACCACAGGAGGGUCUCCUAGCCUCCUACCCUUCACCCCAGGAGGGCAACCCAUCACGCACUGAUUUUUUUUAAAAAAAAUUAGCAGCAAUGUGGGGGAAGGAGGAACAGUCACCCAAGCCAAAAACGGGAACUGAGCUCAGAUGGUAGAAGCGGAGGCAUGGAGCGGGGGGCGGGGAGGGCCUGCGGACAGCUGCUCCCUCAGCCUUUAGGAGCAUCCCGCUGGUGAAUUUCACUCUUUCAUCCGCCUCUCCUACCCCCCACCCCACCCCCAGGGAUCUGCUCGCCUCUAUUGCUGCAUGGACUCAGACCUCCCAUCCCGGUUUUCUGGGAUGUUCUGGCCCUAGCACACAAAAUUCUGCUCCCCCCCCCCCCCCCCCCAGAUUCCCAGGACAGGAGACCUGCCCUCAGGAUUCCUGAGGCUGAUUCUGGCACCCUGCAUCUUCCAAAUCCCAGCACGCUCCUGGGACUUAACCUCUCUGCACACAGAUGCUACCCGCUCCCCCCCCCCGCCCCCCCCCCCGCCAUGCCCAGUCCUUAACCCCUGGGCUGCAUCCCAGCACCUUAACCUCCAAGACUUGACCCAGCCCUUGAACUCACGUUCAGCCUUCGGGAUGCUCCAAUUUUUGCCACACUCUGAACACUUCCUGGACACCCCUAAACCUGACAUCAGACAUCCAGCUCAGGUUCCCCUGACACUAGAUUUCCAAGAUAGGCUCAACCUGCCUGCAAUUCCAGGGAACCAGAUCUUUCCGGGGCACCCCCUUCUUAUGGCUAACCCUGUCCCCUCCAAGAGCCCCUUUCUUUAAAUGGUGUCCCAAAGGCACCUUCAUAGACGCCAGUGUUUCCCAGAGGGUCAUAUUUGCACCCCUGGUGACGUGCUAAGGUUUUAAGCAGUACAAGGACAAACACUUAUUUUUAAAGUUUUGUCUUUCCUGGCAUUUCGCAUAUAAGCCUGUAAGUAUCUGGACAGAUACUGCUGCUUGGCCAGGACACCGUUUAUUUAGGUUAGAGGUGUUUACAUUUAAAAUGUAGAGGCUGUUCCCGAGUGGAGGAACGCUGGAAUAUCAGAAGCUUGGGAAACAAUGACAUAUCCACCCGGGCUGGGAUUCCAGCUAGCCCCUCCCCCGCGUUCCUCAACCCCCGACGCUCGCGGGUGGAAAAUCAUUUCUCACAUCCCAUCCUGGCUCAAGGAUGCGCUACCUCCCCCAAGCCCAGAGACCACACCGGUCCCAGAGUCCUUAGGGGACUCCCCUUUUUGGAGUUGGGGGCCCACGGAAUUAGCAACCUCCCUCCCUCUGCUCCCACCGGCCUCAGGAACACCCCCCACCCGAGGGUUGGGGGGAUGUCACUGAGCACGAUUCUUGAUGCAACGAUUCCUAUGCAAGGGGCAUUUUGAGUCCCCCCAUUCUUCCCUCGGACCCUGAACCCUGGCGAACCAGGGGCGAGGGGUGGGGCGGGUUCUGGUGGGAGCGGGGUGGGGCGGGGUAAAGGGCUAGGGGCUUCAGACACCAGGGUAUGGGGUUGGAGACUGAUUAUAUUGCCAAAGGGUUUAACUUCUUAAAACCCCAGAUACCCCUGACCCUCACGGAAGCCGAAAGGUGCGGGGAAAGGGGGUGAGGAUUUUUCUAAAGGGUACGGACUUCUUCCCAACGUCUACCCCCACCUCCCCGGCUCGCCAAUCUGCCACACGUACCCAGCUUUUUAGUUCAGCUUUUGAAAAUAACCACAAUCAUUACAAACCUCUACAAACGUUAUUCUCGUUUCCCCGUCCCCCAAGUCAACAGUGUGGGAGUCGGGGAGGGAGAGAGAGAGCUAAAGGGACAACUUCCAAGUCCCGCGCCCCUUUUCCCCCCGGCCGCCAGGGUGCCUGCAACUACACGCAUGCGCUGCAUGACGCGCUCCCCACACGCAUGUCGCACCCCUCCUGCGCUCCGGGAACGCACGGACACGGGGCAGGGGGCGGGGUGAUUGGGGAGGAAUGAACGGCGGGGGUCUUUCUGAACACAGCGGCUCCUCCCCAACACACACACAGCAAUAAGUUUUUCACUCAAAAGUGGGCGGGGCGGGCCUGGCCUGUCGUUGGGGUGGCGGGGGGGGAGCGGCAAGGGGGCGCUCUCAGGGAUGGGGGAGGGUGUCCGGAGUCAGUCUGGGGAGGGGAGGUCUGCAAAUCGUCCAACUCUGGUGCUAAUGGCGGGUCUUCUCAACCCACCCCCAGGGCAGGGAGGGAGGGGUCGGCGUGGCCCCUCCCCCAAGCCUCCCCCACGCCCACCCUGGGUGCAUGAACCGCCCGAUGCAGAAGCUGCCGCAUGUCACCCCCCCCCCCGCCCCAAAGAAAAAGUGUCAUGCCCCCCCUUCCCACCCACCCUGCCACUCCCCACCGAAAUAAAAGUUUCCUUUUCAU